AUGCGGUACAGGGUGCGCACUACCGUCCUGUUGUCCGGGUUGUCGCUCUUCCUGCUGAUCAACACGGUCGGGUGGUUGCGAGCCCAUCGUGAUGACUCCAAGGGUCCUCGGUAUGGCGGCGACGAACUCGCAUACGCAUACGCAUACGUAUUCUACGCCACAAGCAACCUGUACGCGUGUUCGGCGCUGGUGAAUAUGCACCGACUACGCCACCUCUUUCAGACCCAGCACCCGAUCUAUCUGCUCGUCUCGUCCAGGGUGUCGGCGAAGUACAGGCGACAGUUCCAGGAGCAUUACAACGUGACGGUGAUUGAACAGGAACCUCCGCCCUUGGCCACAGAGAGUGCGCCAUACUACCGGGACGUGCUGCUCAAGCUGGUCAGCUUCAAGCUUCAUCGAUGGGCUCCGCAGCUGAAGAGAAUCAUCGUCUUAGACUCGGACCAGCUAGUUCUGCGAUCACUAGACGAGCUCUUCACGCAGAUUCCGCCGCAUGUCGAGCUUGCCGCGCCACACGCAUACUGGCUUCCCGGCGAGCCGGGGGCCACGUCGGCUAUGAUUGUCGUCUCGCCCUCGGAGCCGCUGUGGCGCAGAAUGAACGACACGAUGGCCAGCAUCGCGGCGCGGCAGUAUGAUAUGGACUUGCUCAAUGCCGAGUUCCGACACGAGAUGACCUUGUUGCCUGGCCAGUACGUCACUUUGAACAGUCACUGGGAAGUGGCCGAGAUCCCUAGCUGGUCGAGGUUCAGCGCCGAUCAAAUCAAGUGGCCGCUGGAUGGGAAGGGUCCGACAUCUCUGGAGAAGGAGAAGUCGUCCCAGUCGAGGGAUGAUGGAGACGAAGAUCAAACCAGCACCAGCACCAGCACCAGCAAUGAUCCAAACACCAACGCCAACUCCCACCCCAGCCUUACCAAAGGCUCAAAGGCAAGACCACCACCCCCGGCCUCGCCCUCGCCCUCGCCCUCCCGCUUGACCUCCACCGUCCCGUUGCGGUACGACCGGGCCCUCGUCGACCCUUUGACAGCCAUCUUCCACCGCGACGUCCACGUCCUUCAUUUCACCGCCCUGGCCAAGCCAUGGUCCAUCCGUGUGCGGACGGUGCAUGAACUGCGGCCCGACGCUCACCCGCUGUUCGCCGAGCAGUUCCUCCUGUGGCGCACCGCGGCCAAGGCUCUGUGUCCUGCUCUCGAUGUCGACGACGCCGGCGCCUACGCGGUUGCAGGGAAGACGUACGUCGCCGAUGCUGACAUUGGUACUGUUACUGAUACUGAUGCUGACGAUCCGAGCACCGGUACGGCUACGGCUACGGCUACGGCUACCUUGACGAAGACAGUUUCGGACCGCUUCUUGGAUGAGGUCUAG